AAUGGGAGCAGCAUUGCGAUCAUUUUUUGUUCCAGUUCCUCACCAAACUGUUUGUGUUUUAUAAAGGUUUGGGAAAUACACAAGAACUCUAACUCCAGGUUUAAAUUGGAAAAUUCCCUUUAUUGAAGAAAUUGCUUAUGAACAUUCACUUAAAGUAGAAUGAUACUUAUCUUAGGAAUAAGCCUUCAUGAUUUAUGCUUAAAAUGCCGUCACAAAAGAUAAUGUGAUCAUAUAAAUAGACGGCGUAUUAUAUAUUUAAGUUGAUGAUCCAGUUAAAUGUUCAUAUGGUGCCUAAAAACCAAUUGAUUAUGCUCAAGUAGAUUUUAUGCUUAAUCCUCAUAGAUUCUUGCUCAAUCUGUUAUGAGAGCUGAAAUAGGUAAACUCACUCUAGAUCAGACAUUUGAAGAAAGAGAGAAAAUGAAUGCUCUCAUUUUGUCUGGACUCUCAGAAGCUGUCUAAGAGUGGGGUUUAAAGUGCUUACGUUAUGAAAUCAAGGAUAUUAAAGUCACUGAAAAUAUUCGAAAGGCAAUGAAUAUGGAAGCUGAAGCUGAGAGAACAAAAAGAACAUAGAUUUUACAUUCUGAAGCCAAAUAGCAAUCAUAAAUAAACUUGGCUGAAGGAGAAAGAUUAUCAAAGAUUUUAAAGGCAGAAGGAUUGGCUGAGUCUAUUGUUAUUAGAUCGACUGCUACUGUUUAAAGAAUUGAAGCUAUUUCUAGUGCUAUGAAUAGUGAAGAAGGUGAUUUGGCUGCCAGAUUCAAUUUGGCUGAAGAGUAUUUGGAAGCAUUUAAGAAACUUGAAGGAAAAUAGGUUCUAGUAAAUAGUGAUGUUAACAAUCCUAAAGAAGUCAUCAAAAAAGCUUUGGAUAUGGUUGAUGCACGUUUAAAGUGAG